AUGGCCUUCCCUCCCUGGCCGGACGAGAUCGAUGUCGAGGCGCAUGCCUUGGCGGAUGAUGCGGAUGGCAACAGCGCCGAAGCCGAUGUCAAAGCCGCGGAUGGGCCCGCCGAUGUUGGGGCCGAUGCACAGGCCGCUGCCCGCGCCGCACGUGCCACCUACAAGGCCAAGCGCUCGUCGCGGCUCUCGGUUUCAACCACGUCGCUCAACGUGCCACCUGGCCCGGGCACGCCAUGCCUUCCAAUCGAGCACCUGGCGCUGCCGGGUGCGUCGAUCGCCAUCGAGGACGCCGGCUCGGACCUCGGCUCGCUCUCCGACUCGGACGACGGCUCGGUGGCGGCAUCGCGGCCGCCAUCGUGGGGCGCCUCGUCAUCGUCCUCGAUUAGCAUGAUCGGUGAUACCGAGCCUGGGCCGUCGGGCGAAGAGCCGCCCGCCAGUGGAGACGAGCCAUUGCCGCCGGCAGCCGCCAGCGUCGAGGAUGGCUCUGCCAGCCAACCCAGGUCUGAGUUUCUGCAGCGGAUCUUCUUCACCCUCUCGGUCUCGGAGCUCCACUUUCCCCGUCACCGCAUACCGGAUUCUAUGCCAUGA